AUUAGGAAAUGUGUGAUGAGUUUUGAUAAGUGGAGGAAGCAGGUCAUGUCCUGCUGGGGGUAUGAAAGCAGCCUCUGCCUCCGUCAAGAAUCACUUGGUCUCACCAGCUCUCUCUGCUCUGGCUGAGGAUGUGCUGGGCUGGCAGGAUGAUGCUGGGCACCUUCAGCCUCUUGCUGGGGCUUGUCCACGCAGCAGCAGCCUGCGAGUUUGGGCCCUUUCCCUACAGAGGCACGGGGAUCGUCUGCAGGAUGACCAAGCCCGCGGCAUUGCUGUUGAACCGGGAAACGGCCCAGGUCAUCCAAGCAGCCUUCAGGAACACCAAAUUCCCAAACAUCACCGGGGAAAGGUCCAUGCGGCUGCUCGGCCGGGUGGCCUACGGGCUGAGCGACAUCCAGGUCAAUGACCUGUCCAUCGAGAGGAGCGAGGUGGAGCUCAAGGAGGACAGUGCCAUCCACAUCUCCAUCAGAAACGUGACAGCCCUGUUCAAAGGGACCCUGAGCUACGGCUACGCCGGGGCCUGGUUCUUGCAGCUUUUUCAUUCAGUUGAUUUUGAAAUUGAGUCUUCCAUUGAUCUCCAGCUAAACAUCAAUCUGAUGUGCCAAAAGGACCAAGUGGCUCCUGAUGCUUCAGACUGCUACCUGACUUUCCACAAACUCACACUUCACCUCCAAGGAGACAAGCAACCUGGCUGGCUGAAGCAGCUCUUCACAGAUUUCAUCUCCUUCACGCUGAAGCUUGUCCUCAAGAGGGAGGUGUGCAAGGAAAUAAAUGCUGUUGCUCAGACGCUGACAAAUUUUAUAAUUGAUUUAGCAGCCAAUUUUGUCCGGGACAAGGACAUCGCUGUUGACAUCUCCCUCGCGUCAGAUCCUGUCAUAAAAGCAACAUACAUCGAGUCCCACCACAAGGGCGUUGUCCUGUACAAGAACAGCUCCAGCACGCUCAGUGACUCGGUUUUCUCGCCCUCGCUGCUGACCGAGUCCCGAAUGCUCUACUUCUGGCUGUCCGAGCACAGCCUGGGCUCCCUGGCUGCUGCAGCCUUCCUGGAUGGGCAGCUGCUGCUCACCCUCGGAGGGGAGAAACUGCAGGAGCUGUUUGAGAUGGAGGACACAGAAGCGCAGAGGAAGGCAGUGCAGAGGAUUUUUCAGGGCACCUCCUACAAUGACUCUGUGGCCAAGGUGUGGAGUCUCACCCAGCCCCAGAUCUCCUUCCAGCCUGAAGGGACAGUGGUGAGGUCCUUGGUAGCAGUGGAGGUCAGCAUCCUCCUGGCAGGAGAAGAGCCCCUGGUGGCCCUGUACAUGGAGAAGGAAAUCACAACCACCAUCCAAGCUACCUAUGCAGAAAAGAAACUCCUUCUGCAGCCUGUGGACUCCAGUGUAGAGAUUAAAGUGUUUAAAUGCACAGCUGAUCCAAGUGAGGAGGACCCAUCCAUACAAAGCUUCCUGCAGAAUAUGAUCUUGGUUGCUGGCAUUCCAGAAGUAACUUCAAGUAUUGGAUCAGCUCUGACCUCACUGAUGAACAGCAAAAGGCUUGAUCUCUUUGAUAUCAUAAAUCCUGAGAUCAUUACCAGAAAGGGAUAUGUAAUUGUACAGCUUGACUUUGGCUUCCCGAGUCAUUUGCUCCUUAAUUUUCUUGAGAAAAGUUUGUAGAGCUCAUCCCUUCACAGAGGAGCACAGGAGCUUGUGUACAACCAGAAAAAUUGUGUCUGGACCAAAUAAAAGAUGAGUUGCUUUAAAUCA